AUGUCAACGCUGGCUUCUCUGCAGGUGCUGCUCAACUCCCUGAACUCUACUGCCCCCAGCAACAGGACCGACAAGACGGCCAACAGGAGCAGCCCCUGGUGCCAGGGCGUCUUCAUCCCCAACGAGCUCUUCCUGACGCUGGGCCUCGUCAGCCUGGUGGAGAACGUACUGGUGGUCACGGCCAUCAUUAAGAACAGGAAUCUGCACUCACCCAUGUACUACUUCAUCUGCUGCCUGGCUGUGUCCGACAUGCUGGUGAGCGUCAGCAACCUGGUGGAGACCUUGUUCAUGCUGCUGAUGGAGCACGGCGUGCUGGUCCUCCAGACCAGCAUCGUCCGCCAGAUGGACAAUGUCAUCGACAUGAUGAUCUGCAGCUCCGUGGUGUCGUCCCUCUCCUUCCUGGGGGCCAUCGCCGUGGACCGGUACAUCACCAUCUUCUAUGCCCUGCGCUACCACAGCAUCAUGACCAUGCAGCGGGCGGUGAUCAUCAUUGUGGGCAUCUGGGUCGCCAGCACCAUCUCCAGUAGCAUUUUCAUCGCCUACUACAAGAACAACGCCGUCAUCCUCUGCCUCAUCGGCUUCUUCCUUUCCAUGCUUAUCCUCGUGGUGGGGCUCUACAUCCACAUGCUCUCCUUGGCACACCACCAUGCCAAGAACAUCUCCAGACUGCAGAAGAAACGCACCGUCCACCAGAUGACCAGCAUGAAGGGGGCGGUCACCCUCACCAUCCUGCUGGGGGUCUUCUUCAUGUGCUGGAGCCCCUUCUUCCUGCACCUGACGCUGAUCGUCACAUGCCCCAAGAACCCCUUCUGCACCUGCUUCUUCAACUACUUCAACCUCUUCCUCAUCCUCAUCAUCUGCAACUCGGUGAUAGACCCGCUCAUUUAUGCUUUCCGGAGCCAGGAGCUGAGGAAAACCCUGAAGGACGUGGUGCUGUGUUCCUGCGGCCGGCCCGGUGCAGCGGCAGGCGCCUAUAAAAGGCUCCGGCAGGCGCUCGGCCGCUUUCCGCAGCCCCCAGCCCGCUCCGCUCCUGCGCCCCCGAGCCGCCUGCACCAGCCACAGCCGCCGCCCCGGGCCAGCAUGAGGGAGAUCGUGCACAUCCAGGCGGGCCAGUGCGGCAACCAGAUCGGAGCCAAGUUCUGGGAGGUGAUCAGCGAUGAGCACGGGAUAGACCCCAGUGGGAACUACGUGGGAGACUCCGACCUACAGCUGGAGCGGAUCAGUGUCUACUACAAUGAGGCUUCCUCUCACAAGUACGUACCCCGUGCGAUCCUGGUGGACCUGGAGCCCGGGACCAUGGACAGCGUUCGAUCGGGGGCAUUUGGACAUCUCUUCAGACCUGACAACUUCAUCUUUGGUCAGAGCGGUGCUGGCAACAACUGGGCAAAGGGGCACUACACAGAGGGUGCUGAGCUGGUGGACUCUGUCCUGGACGUGGUGAGGAAGGAGUGUGAGAACUGUGACUGUCUACAGGGCUUUCAGCUCACCCACUCCCUGGGCGGUGGCACUGGUUCGGGCAUGGGUACCCUCCUCAUCAGCAAGGUCCGUGAAGAGUACCCCGACCGGAUCAUGAACACUUUCAGUGUGGUGCCUUCUCCCAAGGUGUCCGACACGGUGGUGGAGCCCUACAAUGCUACCUUAUCCAUCCACCAGCUGGUGGAGAACACGGACGAGACCUACUGCAUCGACAAUGAGGCCCUGUAUGACAUCUGCUUCAGAACCCUUAAACUGGCCACGCCCACCUACGGUGACCUCAACCACCUGGUCUCCGCCACCAUGAGCGGCGUCACCACCUCCCUGAGAUUCCCUGGCCAGCUUAAUGCUGACCUGAGGAAGCUGGCAGUCAACAUGGUGCCCUUUCCUCGCCUCCACUUCUUCAUGCCAGGCUUUGCCCCCCUCACAGCCCGUGGCAGCCAGCAGUACCGAGCCCUAACCGUCCCCGAGCUCACCCAACAGAUGUUUGAUGCCAAGAACAUGAUGGCCGCCUGUGACCCACGGCAUGGACGCUACCUGACAGUGGCCACAGUCUUCAGAGGCCGCAUGUCCAUGAAGGAGGUGGAUGAGCAGAUGCUCGCCAUCCAGAGCAAGAACAGCAGCUACUUCGUAGAGUGGAUCCCCAACAAUGUCAAGGUGGCAGUCUGCGACAUCCCACCCCGGGGGCUGAAGAUGUCUUCCACUUUCAUUGGGAACAGCACGGCCAUCCAGGAGCUCUUCAAGCGCAUCUCAGAGCAGUUCACCGCCAUGUUCCGACGCAAAGCCUUCUUGCACUGGUACACGGGCGAGGGCAUGGAUGAGAUGGAGUUCACAGAGGCAGAGAGCAACAUGAAUGACCUGGUGUCAGAGUACCAGCAGUACCAGGAUGCCACAGCUGAAGAGGAAGGGGAGAUGUAUGAAGACGACGAGGAGGAAUCGGAGGCCCAGGGUGCCAAGUGAAGCCUCUAGAGUUGGCCUGUGUCAAGUUUCUUACCAUGAAGGUCAAGCUUCUACAGCACCCUACUGUCCAGCGUAGUCCUCCAUCUUCACUACCUGUUAGCUGAGUACUAGACAACUGCUAUUUAGUUGCUUCUGAUUAAGGGUUCCAAAUUUUAAAUCCUUCCGUAUUUACUAACCAUCUCCCCUCCCCAUCCUUGAGUUAGCGCAGCUGUAGCCCGUCCUCAUGACUCUGAUCAUGUCGAUGACCCUGAUGUUUGGUUUUUCUUUUUUUUACUGGUUUGUGUCUAUUUUUAUUUUUUUGGAAUACUUAAUAAAUGUAUUGCUGUCCAGUA